AUGCCACUCUUUCGACGGUCCAGAUGGAGAGAUCCAGAACACUCUUGCGGCAGGGUCAUCGUUAACUCUGUGCUUACACGUAAGAAAGCUUGGUACGCUGAAGGACCUGCACUCAGAAAGUACCAAGAUGACAUCGAAGGGAUCGUUCACGACGUGUUCAAGAGCAUUGGACUUGAUCACCCAGAGGUCUACUUUCGUUUAUACAUGAUUGGUUCAACAACAAGGAGCUCUGAGCCGACGAUAAUGGUCUGUUGCAUGAACAACGCUAUCAGAUCUCGGGUCAAAGACGAACUGCGAGGUAGCCAAGCUCUUCAAGCUUUUUCGGAAUUCCAAAUCCACGGAAUUCCACAUCCUCUGGAACACCGAACCCCAGCACAAGCACUAGCGAGAACGAGCUCUCCCAGCAUUCUCCCAGAAAGCUCAAAUACAGAGCUCCUGUAUGACAACGAUGUUUAUUCUCACUCGGCUUCGCUGAAAAUAGGACGAAGCCUACUGCGCUGCCGGCAUGCUGGAGAACUUGAAUACUGGGCCACGGGUGGAAUUUUUCUACUAGUCAACGGCAACCACUAUCAGUUGACUUCGGAGCAUGAGUGUGAUAGUCCCUCCGCGGAAGGGAAGAUCACAUCACACUUCGACCUAGACACCGACACGCUUUCCGUAAAUGGAAGCGACGAUGAAGAUUAUGGCCAGUUCGAUAAUGAGGAGACGUUGCAAUCCAACUUUGACAUUCUGAGCCAAGGAAGCAUCACACCUACAUCUCGCUUUUCACGAAGCUCGAUUUCACUUGCUCAAUCCGCCGACUCUUACUGGGACGAAGAACCUGCGGGCAGUGAACUUGUCUUGAGUCACGACGAUAGGAAUUCACGUCCCUUGAAUGUCGAUACCGCUUCUACCCCCGAUAAGCUCAGUUUGCCUCUUCAUACCGACCACGCAUCUCAGUUUCACAACACCUUGGAUGGCCCGACUUAUCAACAACCUCCAAUCCGAAUAGGCUUCAUCGCCUUUCGGGCCAGUGAAGGCUCUCGUCAUGAACUUGAUUACGUCUUAGUGUCGACUCCUGCACCCACGGUAUCUGACUUCUCUAACAGAGUUGUUGUACCCCACGGAUACGGAUACAGAUGUGUCAGCGUUUGUGACGUGGCAUCGGCCAGUCUUGAAACGAAGGAAGUCUUUCUGAUAGGGGACGCCAAUGUAGUCCGCAAAGGCUUCCUUGUACCUGGUACUACUCUGUUUCAGAACCCAAACUUCAACACAGUUCAAAGGCUCCAGAUUGUGCAGAUUUAUGAGGGUGAAUUCACUCAGGGUGACUCCGGUACAGCUGUCAUAGACCAAAAAUCGGGCGUCUUCUACGGCCACGUCAUUAGAGGAUGCCCGGGUAGCGAAACAGGCUACAUUGUUCCAGCCGCCGAAACCUUCCAUGAUCUAUCGUCUAUGGGAUUAUUUCCUGAACUGAAAUUCGAGGACAUAAGUGUUCAGAAUCACAAUCGACAGAAUAACACACAUCAGGCAUUAGCACACGGCCUCAAGGCCAGAGUCACGAUGAGAAAUGCAUCAACUCAGACAGAGUGGCGGCUACUGCCGACACCUCCGAAAUCCAAUAUGAGCCGGGUUCCCAUCAGUAUAAGCCAUUCACCCUCAGACUCCGUUAUGCUGAUGGAAGAGCUUGCCCGAGUGGGCGAUGGCAUUGAUGAUGAUAUCUGGGCCUCGUUUGUUGGCCCUUAUGAACAACGGUCCUCACACAAAACCAACUUCCUUCGUGAUUUUUGUCGAGGAGCUACAGUCGAGAAUUUGAGUCAAAUUAACUCCCCUAGUCUGAACAUCUGGAUGGAUCAAAGGGGAUACAGGAAGCAAGACACUUCGCCUCGGCCGAAAGUUAUGAGCGCCGACCACCUGCUCAGAGUGUUGAAGCAUAAGCGUUCGAAUACUGGGCUGCGUGGCAUGGACAACGAAAGGCGCCUGAUUUAUAUAACAGACUUUGACCGUUGGGCGGCAUUGGUGCUCGCUGCGACAAGUUUCCGGACAGAGCGGCGAGCUCUUAGCGAUGGUAUAUUCAGGCAUCUCACAUUUCGUGCUCAUUUUGAUUUUGCCUCAGAUAUGCAGCAAACGUCGUCUGCAAACUUUUGUUUGCAAUUCCAUCUGCCUUAUUUUGCUUGGAGAAGGUCCAUUGACAUCAUGCAUGAUCAUCGAGAUAGUGGCGUUUUGACGCCCCUUCGUCAGUGUAUUAAGGUCUCCGGCCCCUCUUCUAGGAGUCAAGACCACCUGCAAGACGGGGACAUUGGCUUCCUCUAUCAGGCCCACGUAUCAUGCAUCGUUCUUGGAAACUAUGAGAAAAGUUGGAAAGUGUUCUCCUUCGCCGACGCGUUUUUCAAUGACGAAUCAAGCUGCGACGCACUGGCCGAGUACGCAUCUGAAGAUCCAGAAGAUUGUCCAUUGGACCCCAUAACCCUCGGAAGAGCUACCUGCGAUCGACCGCUAUGGAAUCCUCGACUAUACUUCUUUCGUGUAUUCAGUAUUCGUCUACAGUCUAUCGGGGAAGAAUGGGCGAGCCUCACGCUCCACUUUGAGGGUCAACCUCCCCAGCUUGCUCUCAAUAAAGAAAAGCGUGCAGGUUUUCGGACAGGAGAUAGUGCAAUGGACUUCGAUUGGCCUCGUCGCACUUGUAGUAUUCUCGCUCAAUUGUUCUCAACACUGUCUGCCACAUUAGACGACGUGCGAAAAUACGAGCAGGCAUUUGAGCUUUGCUUGAAAUUAUCAGAAGCUAGCGAUUCGUCAUAUUACAUGGAGGCUGGGCUGGACUUGAAGAGAACGUGUGACGGACUGAGCGAUUGUCAACGCUCUCUAGGCGCCUUACGAGAGAUACUGACUCUAGAACAAGACCAUGUACGCAUCGAUCUGCCCAAUCGUCGUAACGUUGUUGCCUUUGAUUAA